AUCGUUGCGAGCAGCGAAGAGAAGGUGAAGCAAAGGAUCGGCCACGCUGUGGAACUCUACUGCCUCUUGGAAGUAUUUCCACACAACGAAACAUUUUAUAAGCAAUUAAAAUGGUUGAAAGAUGAAAAUUCAGCCGUUGAUUUCUUGGAUAAAGCCACGAAUCUCAGUUUGGUAAAUGCUACACAUGUUAAUCAUACACUUAGUUUGACAGAAGUCUACAAGAAAGAGAAUGGCACAUAUAGUUGUGUUGCUUACAAUACACUUGGCGCGAUUGUGUCGAAAAAGGAUAUGGCAGUUUUGGUUAUGGAUGUACCACAAGUGAGCAUUGACUAUGUUAAAGCAGUGGGCGCAGAUAAAAUAUAUUUAAAUUGGACUGUUAACGAUGGUAAUGAUCCAGUGCAAAAAUACUUCAUACAGUAUAAGGAGGAAGGUUCCAGCACAUUGAAAUAUUAUAAUCACAUAAUUGGUGGGCGCAAUACUUCGUAUGUAUUGGAGAAGUUUCAGCCGAACACCAGCUAUACACUGCGCAUUAGUGCAAAGAAUAGUAUUGGAAGUGGGGCGCCAUAUCAGUAUCCGCUUCCGAUACGUACAUUGGAAAAAGAUCCGAUUUUUAUACCCAAAGUAGGCACCACUGGCAGUACACCAUCAACUAUCACAAUUGGAUGGGAUCCACCGCCACUUGAUAUGCUCCCCUACAUACAAUACUAUGAGCUGGUGGUUGCCGAAGCUGGAGAAAUUCCACGUAUUGUCGAAGAGACGGUUUAUCAGCAAAAUUCUAGAAACUUGCCAUAUAUGUUUGAUAAUCUCAAAACUGCCACCGAGUAUGAAUUUAAGGUACGGGCCUGUAGUGACCUCACAAAGCAAUGUGGACCCUGGUCAGAAGUGGUGAAUGGCACAACAAUGGAUGGUGUGGCUAGUGAGCCUACAGAUCUAUAUAUUUCAUGCGAUCACAAAAACAACACCCGUCACUCAGUCGCCGUUAGAUGGCAUAUGCCGAAAGUGCCAAAUGGCAAAGUGGUUUCUUACCACAUACAAUUAGAUGGUCUCGCCAUAUAUAAGCUUGAUGGAAAAUUGCGCAAUGAAACAUGGGGACCGAAAAUACGUCGCGUAGACGAGCCGCAUCAUAGCACAAUCUACAACGGUGUAAAUCCCAAUACAAAUUACACAGUCACAGUGUCGGCUAUUACGCGCCAUCGCAAAAUCGGUGUACCUGCCAGUGCACAAUGCACGAUGCCAAUUGCAGUACCCGAUACCAUCAGUCGUAUCAUGUGGACGAAAGUGAAGGCCGCGGAUGAUAAAUGUGUAUUUAAACUCUUUGUGCCUCGUAUCAGUGAACGUAAUGGUCCCAUAUGUUGCUAUCGUCUGUACUUAGUGCGUAUGGGCAAUAAUAAGAAUGAGUUGGCAUCGCCCGAAAAGCUAAAUAUUUCCACCUAUCAAGAGGUGCAUUCGCCAAAUAACACUGAAGGUGGCGCAUAUUUGGCGGAGAUGUUUUCCGAUUCCCAAUAUAGAUCGGAAGUAUUUUUGGGCGAUGGCAAACGAUUUUUCGAACACCAAGGCUUGACAGCAGUUGAGGCAGAUAAAGCUUGCCGCCAUUGUCUGCGUGGUCGGCCAUUUUUGCGCAUUCAACCACGUGAGCCAGUCACGCUUUCGAAAGUCGAAGUUCCAAACACAGAGAUAUCUACGGACGCUGUUAUUAAAACUCCACCAGAAAUGUCACAGCGCGAACAACUUAAAGCCAGCAAUCUCACCGAAGCCGCCUCGAAGAUUCUAGAUAAAAAACGCCGGCGACGACGUAGACGUAAUCCCAAAGUUAUUGCAGGCGUCAACAAUGAUAUAAGUUUCGAUAAUCUGAUGCUUAGUGAAAAUGAAUCGAAUUCGAAUGCUGUGCCAAGCUACCAGUUGGCGUCAGACGAAGUAGUCGAUGGUGAGAUCGAUAUGAAUAGUAAUUAUACGGGGUUUCUGGAGGUUAUAGUACGCGAUGGCGAUGUUGUACUUACUGCAUACAGUAAUUAUUUUGAAAUAAUCACACCUGGUACUGUGCCCGAAAACUUCCAAGCUGAUCAAGAUUUAUCAGUGGUGCUUAAUAUAGUCAUACAAGCGCUUGCCAUACUCAUUGGCAUUGUUUUGGUGCUCAUUGUGGCCACAUGUUUCUUGCAUCAUUACAAUACAAAGAAUUCCGUGCCAGGCGAAGAGAUCAGCUUGAGGGAUUCAUUAAGUCGCGCGCUAUUCCGUGGUCGCACACCAAAUCAUCGUCACUUUAUUGGUUCAGGCAAUGGCAAGGCAUCGGACAUCGGUCCAAUUCAUAAAACGGAUUUAUGCACAGCAUAUCGAAAUCGUCAUAAGGACACCGACUAUGGGUUUUUACGCGAAUACGAAAUGUUGCCGAAUCGAUUUAGCGAUCGUACAACUAAAAACUCUGAUAUGAAAGAAAAUGCAUCGAAAAAUCGUUAUCCAGAUAUCAAGGCUUACGAUCAGACGCGGGUGAAAUUGUCGCAGCUAAAUGGCAUACAAGGCUCUGAUUAUAUAAAUGCUAACUUUGUUAUUGGCUACAAGGAGCGUAAAAAGUUCAUUUGUGCACAAGGCCCUAUGGAGAGUACUGUAAGUGACUUCUGGCGUAUGAUCUGGGAGCAACACUUGGAGAUUAUAGUCAUGUUAACAAAUUUGGAAGAGUAUAAUAAAUCGAAAUGUGCAAAAUAUUGGCCUGAAAAGAUAUCGGAUGCAAAACAGUUUGGCGAAAUCACUGUCAAAUUUGUGGCUGAAAAGAAACUUGGCGAUUAUUUGGUGCGUAAUUUGGAUGUAACACGCCGUAAUGCGACUGGGAAUGAAGAAGAUGAAGAACGGCGCCAAAUUACACAGUAUCAUUAUUUGGUGUGGAAGGACUUCAUGGCACCAGAGCAUCCACAUGGCAUUAUAAAAUUUGUUCGACAAAUCAAUGCAGUUUACUCAGUGCAGCGCGGCCCCAUUUUGGUGCAUUGCAGCGCUGGAGUGGGCCGUACAGGUACGCUUGUCGCAUUAGAUUCACUUAUACAACAGCUGGAGGAGGAAGACCAAGUAUCGAUAUUCAAUACGGUAUGCGACUUGCGACACCAGCGAAAUUUCCUUGUACAAUCAUUGAAACAAUAUAUUUUUCUAUAUCGUUCAUUGCUUGAUAUUGCACAGUUCGGCAAUACGGAGCUGUCGGCUGUUUCACUUUCCAGUAAAAUUGAUAGCCUCAAGCAAAAGUUGAACGAUGGCAAGGAUAAAAGCAAAUUAGAAAUAGAAUUUGAGAAACUUCUUGCCAUAACUGAUGAAGCAGCAAAAUCUUCGGCCGUGGGCAGCAAUGAGGAAAAUAUGUCGAAGAAUCGUAACGAAUCAAUCAUACCUUACGACCGCAAUCGAGUUAUACUAACACCCAUACCGAUGAAAGAGAACUCCACCUACAUAAACGCCUCAUUUAUCGAGGGUUAUGAUAAUUCAGAAGCAUUUAUAAUUACACAGGAUCCCUUGGAAAAUACAAUUGGUGAUUUUUGGCGAAUGAUAUCUGAACAAAGUAUAACCACACUUGUGAUGAUAUCUGAGAUUGGUGAUGGACCCAGAAAAUGUCCACGCUACUGGGCAGAUGAUGAAAUUCAAUACGAUCAUAUACUUGUAAAAUAUAUGCAAAGUGAAAGCUGUCCAUACUAUACGCGUCGCGAAUUCAACGUAACAAAUUGUAAAAUUGAUGAUACAAUAAAAGUGACACAAUUUCAAUAUAACGGCUGGCCGACUGUCGAUGGUGAGGUGCCAGAAGUUUGCCGUGGUAUUAUAGAACUCGUCGAUCAGGCGUUAAAUCAUCAUAACAGAGAUAAAAGUAUUGGUUGUAAAUCACCCCUGACUGUGCAUUGCAGUUUGGGCACCGAUAGGAGCUCAAUAUUUGUGACCAUGUGCAUAUUGGUGCAGCAGUUGAGAACCGAAAAGAGCAUUGAUAUUUGUUCAACGGCUAGAAAGAUACGAUCUCAGCGGCCAAGGCUAUUAAAUUCAUUUGCACAAUACGAGUUCCUACAUCGUGCCAUAGCCAACUACGCUGACUUGCACAAACUGUCGACAGAAACUGCGUCUUCUGAGUGUUAAUAAUUAAGCUAUUAAAAAGUGAAUAAUUUAUAAGUAUACAUCACACACUUACACAUACUGAUUAGUCAUAAACAUUUAAA